GCACUGGAUAUGACGGACCUGAAGCAAAUUUCGGCCAGAACUCGGACCAAUGUGACGUCCCUCAUGUCCGCCGGAAUUGCUGGGGUAAUGAGAGAAAUUAUGAGGAAAAGAGGGGCAAACCGAGACGCGACGGCACUCUAUGUUCUCCCAAAUAUUUCCAGUCAUCCAGGAACUUUAACGAAUAAUAUAAUCGUGGUCCCAAUGCGCAUGCCCCUCUUAGAGGCCUCAAGGGAGGAAAGACUUCUCCAAAUCUCCAACCAAUUUCGUCACUUUUUCAACUCCACCCUGCUCGUCGGGGCUGCCGCUGUUUUUAGCGGGAACGCCCUAGUUGCCAGCAUUUUAAAAAAGGAAGUAGUAUUUCCCGCCGCGGUGACCUUGGUGCAUUCUAACAUCGCUAUUUUUGAAGAGGAUGGAUGUGAAUUUUUUGGGAAUCCUGUCGAGCGGGUGCUGCCCAUUGUUGGGCUGCUGCAAACAUCCUGCUCCCUCAUGAUCACUAAUCUUAGCUACAAGGGGAAAAUGGGAAUCUCUGUAACCGCGGAUAAAACGCUAUUCUCGGACAAAGAGGAGUUGGAAGGAGUCAUUAACGACAUCACUGACGAGAUUAACAAACUUGGUCAGAUUAAAUAAUUCCUAAAAAUAUAAGCAACUUCAAGCCGGCUUGGUUUUUAUUCAAGGUCCUACAACAAAAUCCUGGCGCAAAAUUCCAUCAAUAAAAUCAUCCUGAAUAAUUUUCAACGAUUAAAAAAAUACAUUUGAGUAUCAAACUGUUAAACUUUCUUCCAGAUGUAAGCAUUUGUGUAAUUAAAACUAUAUUAACCCGCAAAUACUGUAAGAAUAACUAAUUAUCGUUCAUAUUUUAGUAUUGUUCUAUAAUAAACUUGUUUUCUACUUUGAUUGCGAUGCCGAAACUAAGCAUGUUGUUUUUGUAAAUUUAUGUAUUUCCCAGUUUUUAUUAAAUCCAUUAAAUAUGACGCAGUUUCCCACUUUGCCUGUAUUUGAGUAAGUUCAGAUUACAUAGAUAAAUUAUUCAGCUACGCAUUUAUAGGUGCUCGAGCUCACUAUUGAGGUUAUAAGUAGAUCCUCUGUGAACAGUCUCUUCUGUUAGCCAUGAUAAAAAAGAGUUAUAAAA